AUUAAUAUAUAUUUUAUUUUUGAUUAAUUGGACUAUUUUUUAUUUAUAAUAAGACAAACAUUAACUGCAAAGAGAAAUAUUUGCCAACUCCUCCAGAAAGUACCGUCUGAAUAAGUUGUUCUUGCUGAGAAACAUUAUUCAUUGCUUAAACCAGCUGAUGGAGAUUCCGCCCUGAGCCGCCAUGGCUUGUGCGCAGCACGUCAAGUAUGAUCAGAUUACACAGAUUCUGCCAAAUGUAGUUACAACGCAGCAGCAGUCCUUGGUGGUUGUGAAGAAAUUGCUGGCAAUAGCAGUUUCCUGUAUCACUUACCUUAGGGGCCUGUUUCCAGAAAAAGCAUACGGAAGCAAAUAUGUAGAAGAGCAAAAAGUGAUGAUACUGAGAGAGGAGAAGAGCUGCCCAGGAGCUAGUCAGAUUGUCCAGUGGUUGUAUGGGUGCUUUGAUGCUCUUCAGAAAAAAUAUUUGCGAAUGGUAGUCCUCUCUAUUUAUACUGAUCCAGAAAAUCCCCAGAAAGUUACAGAAUGCUACCAGUUUAAAAUUCAAUACACCGAAAAUGGGCCUGAAGUGGACUUUGAAAGUCACACCAACAGGAAAAUGGUGACGAUGGGCUUUGGUGACACACGGAAAGCCAGCAUCCUGCUUGUGCGUAAGCUGUAUACGUUGAUGCAGAAUCUGGGACCUCUGCCUGACAAGGUCUUCCUUAAUAUGAAGCUGUCCUACUAUGAUGAAGUAACCCCUCAAGACUAUCAGCCUCCUGGCUUCAAGGAUGCAGACAGCAGCAUGUUGUUUGAGAAGGAACCUGUUCACCUCACCAUGGGAAAUGUAGUUACUCCCUUUCAUACCUUGAAGGUGGAUGUUAUUACAGAGAAGGAACGGCUGGAAAAGAUAGAUAAUGAAGAGCUUGAAUGUGAGGAGAAAUGUACCCGUAAGAUGGCAGAGGAGACGCAUGCUUUCAUAAACAAAAUUCUGCCUGCGGUUGAGAAUCACUCGCCCUUUGAAAUGGACAAGAACAAAAAUCAGAUUGACAUGCCAGAAGGUGCAAAUCUGAGUUGCCAAGAAAAUGAAAAAAUCAUUAAUAACAGACUGGAUUAUUCAAAGCAUUCUAAGAGGGAUUGCCAAGUAAGGAAGAUGGCAGAUGUUGAAACGGCAGUCAGAAGAACAAGGAGUGGCCGAGUCGUUUGUCCUCCUUCGAAUUUUGUCUUCCCCUGCAGCCAAGAGGAAGCCGUCAUACCAAAGAGGCGCAAAUUCAGUGAGCCAAAGUGAGUCCAUCUUAGAAAAAUGGGUCUCACACUAUGAACCUUACCUUACUUACCUUAGAUAGACUUUACAUAGGAUGAGAGGACAGUGAACCAGUUAGCAUAAUAUGUAAUGACACAAAAGUCGUGAGCAAUUUGCUCAUGCAUAUUACUGCCCCAGCAGCCUUAUGUGCAGUAGUGUAGAUUCCUGGGCAGUGGCACAGGGUAGCUUCUGUUCUGUGUUAUAAAUGCAUUUUUGCCAGUAAUUGUCUCUUAUUUUUGAUAGCAGUGACCAACAGUUUGUUUGGGUGUUCCAGCAUUAACAAAAUUUGUUACAUAAAUUGAUGUGACUGGUGAGAUGAUGAAUUUAAGAAAGAAUUUUGGUUAACAGGAAAGUCCUGAUAUGAGUCACAUAUUUCUUUACACAAUGUAUAAGUGCUUGUUCUUGUUUUCUGUUGAUCUUGAGUUCCUUGUUAAAAGUGAGACAUAUUUAAUUAUUUGUCUUCUAUGUUAUGGUUUUAGUGUUUUAUAAUAUAUAAAAAUAUAACAACACUUGCAGUGAAAGUGGUAUAAGAAUAAAAAAAAAUUGUUACCCAAUUGA